AUGUCGUCCAUUAUCGAGACCAUACCCAUCGAUCACGUGCCCGCAGACCACGCCGUUCACAUUGCCGUCUUCAAGGACGUUCAGAACGCCGCCUUUCUUCACCAGCAGCUCCUCGACCGCAACGCAGACUUCGAAUAUGCCCUAAUUGAUGCCUCCAUCGCCGUCUCUAGAACCCACAUUCUUGCUGCCGCCUUCAAGGCCGUGACCGCAAAGGUUGACGGUAGCCUCAAGACCCCAAACGUCCACUCCGAGCUCGUUGCCUCCCUGAGCUCUGCCAACAACAUUGCCGAGGCCUACCGUCGAUUCGGCAUCAGCCCCUCUAGCAGAGACGUCAUUGCAAUCAAGAUCAGCUCUCCUACCGCCGUGCCCUCCGCCGAAGAAGUAGAGCAACAUCUCAGGGAGAAUUUUCAGGGUACCCCGGUUCCCUUCACGGAUGAAUCCAUCGCAACCUCGACAGACUGGGCCAAGGUCCGCAAGUACUAUAAGCUAAACGGCCUUCCCUGGCUCGACGCCAUCAAGGACGAGACGGAACGCAGGGAACAGCUGGAAACACUUGUGCUGGGAGCUAUGGCACUGCGCACCGCAUAG